AUGAAAUUGCACGUGUCGAGGGCAAGCGCUUCUCGAUUUCCGACGGUAGUUCUCCUGCUGGAAGUGGCGGAAGCAAGUGCCACGAAGUCACAGGUGGACGCAGAGCACGGCAAGUCUAGUGCUAGAGCAUCCGACAAGGACGAGGCGGCCAAGAGCUGGCUCAACCGCCGCGCCCAACGCCAUUCGGGCAACCUGCGCAGAGGGUCGCAGCGGUUGUCAAAGCCCUCCAGCUGGGACGACCUCAGCUGUAGCAGCUUUGGCCCACGGGCGAUGUUCAGGGUAGGCAACCAAUGUACUUCCUCCCUUUCUCUCUUGGCUUUCUGUGCUUUCAGCGCCGUGACCGCUGGCACGCGCAACUCGUCGACUGCCAGUCUCAGCGCAAGAGGACUUUCGGACCGCAAGCUCGUCACGCCACAGCUUUCCAAGGGCGAAAAGCAAACUGUCGAACGGCUCAAGAUCAAGCGAUCAGACGUCCACUUCGGUUACCGCACUCUCGAAGGCAGCGACAGAGUGUACAAAAUCGAGCUGAACGGGGAGAUGCGCGCGGCAAAGGUGUUCGACACCUUGGGAAUGAGCAAGGAGGAGAUGACGGAGGUACUGGACACUUUCGACGCGGAACUCUUGGCUCUUUCACGCCUGAGCACCCCCCACAUCGUCCAGGCGUACGGUGCGUCUGUGUCACCAGCCGAGAUUAUCUUGGUGUCGGAGUUUGUGGAGGGAGGCGUUCUACGCCGUCUCCUCCACAACCCCCUCAAGCUGAAGGAUCUCACGCAGAGGGUACGCUUGGGCAUUGCCAAGGACACAGCUUUGGGCAUGAGGAGCCUAUACGCGCACGGUAUGCAGCACCGUCAUCUCUCGUCCAACUCUAUCCUCCUGACCAGUGACUAUCGGGCCAAGAUACUUGGUGUCGGUCUGACCAUGACGACCGAGCUGAUCGACUUCUUCACCGGCGACGAGCGCGCGGAAAAGCAGGCAGAAAAGGAGCUACCGUGGGCGUCGCGAGAGGUGCUGGCCGGUGCCGGCUUCAGCGAGAAGAGUGAUGUCUACAGCUUCGGAAUUGUGUUAUGGGAGAUCAUGCAGAAGGACCCCUCCCUGCCCUACGCGAACCUUUCACCGAGCCAGCACCCGCUGAAGUCGCUGAAUCCGUUUUAUACAGUAAGGACCAAGUCGAUGAAUCCUUCCUUCAUCGUGACUGCCAAUCAACAGGUGGUUGGGGCCAAAUACAACGGUGAAGGCCCUUCGAUACCAGAGGACUGCCCGGUGGCAAUCAGUAGGUUGAUGAAGAGCUGCUGGAGCAACCUGCCUGCUGAUCGACCCUCAUUCGACAAGGUCGUAGAUACCCUAGAAGCUCUUUGCGUGUAGACACACCCUGCGACGUGCGCGUGCAGUGCGUUG